GCCGAUGGCGUGCGAACUUCCAUUCAGAGGUUUGUCUAUGUAACGUAUUCCCGUAUUCUGUACUGAUUUCGACGGCGUACGUCAGUACUUGAAUUAAUCAAUUGCGCGAUAAGACUUUUGUUUGCUAAGCAAAAAUUGAAAAUUUUACUGAACGUUGAAAUCGAGUGUUUAUGAAGUAUAGAUGAAAAUAUUUCGCUUAAAAAGUUUUGGGGUUAUGUCAAAGUGUUGGGUUUGAAAUUCCUAAUUGAAAAGCGCAAAUUGGAAAUACAACGACGGGCAAUAGCAGCGCAGGGAGUGACAGGAGCGAUGGAACGAAGUUAUUCACUGGGAGGUCAUCUGAGCCUCAGCGCCUCGAACAUCGCAAGUCCCCUGGCCGAGUCGACUCAAAUUAACGGAUCCAUCCUACAUUCAAAAUUUCCAUGGGGCGGGAAAAUGAGCCCAGCGAAAAGCUCCGCGGGUACCAGCAACGGCAGCAUUUUACAAAAGUCAGUGCCGAAGGUCGCGUCGCCAAUGCGGAAGAUUGACCCAAGGGUUUACACGGACGUACAGAGCAAGGGGCUGGCGUCGCGGAUCGUGAAAUACCACGAGAAUAGCUCCAAGCUGAACAGGAGCAUGUCCGUGGGGAAUCUGUACAGCAAGCCCGGCCAGUUUCCCGUAGUUCACCUGAAGAAAGCCGAGGUGCAAGUAAACCCAAGGCGAACACCUAGUCUAUCGACAGUUCGGAUAGCCCCGCCAGAAAAGUCCUUAUACCAAGUCAGCACUCGGUCGAGCAUAUUUCGAACGGGCUCCAUAACCCCAGCAGUGGCUGGAAUCGGCAAACUAGACGAGAGGGAGUCUCGUGACAACAGGCCUAUCGUGCCGCCUGCCGAAAAUGACGUAAAUCCCACGCGCAGUGUUCUGGAUGCUUUGAAAGAGAUUUCCCGGAAAAGGAUCAACAGCGACGACGUGGACUGCAACGACAGCAUAAAGAAGUAUUGCAAAGAAUCCGACGAGGAUUCACGCCACCGCUUACAUCUACCUCUCCACAACAUUAACUCAACUUCGCAGCAGGUGUCCGUCAUCACUAAGCGACAACGUGAAGUUCCCGCUUCCCCCGAAUCGAAGCCAAGCUCACCCGAAAGCGCAGGACAGAAGAAGCGACCCUGCACUAAAAACAAUGACAUCUCCAGUUCUCUAAGUUCGAGUCUGCUGAUAAACACUCCAAAAAGAAAGCUGCAGGACAUUCAGGGUCGUCCGCCAAUUGGACGCGGUUCACCUUCCAGUGGGAAUCUAGCUCCGCCUCGGGCUAAACAGCACUGCAACGAUCGGAACUAUGUCAUAACUAGCAAUUCUGCAUCGGAAGAUCUUCUGAACUAUCCGCCGGAUCAGCUUACGCCCAUUCCACCGACGCCUGCGGUCGAGUCGGCUCCAGUGCAAAGCAAGCCGAAGAGGCCACAACCGGCCCCACAGAAACCCAAGCUGACCCUUUUCAAUAAGGAUUACGACACAGCGGAGGUUAUUCGUAGAGAGAACAAGGAAACUCGUGAACCAGAAGAGGAGGGCAUCGCGGGUAUAUCUUUCAUAAAGCCCAAAAAACAUUCACCAACGUUGACUGGCAAAAACGCCCUCAUAGAGCGGGUGCAGAGCUCUAAACUGUCUUUGAUGCUCAGUUGUUUGAGCGGCGAACUGAACGACAGUGAUGACGAGGUUGACAGCAAAGUGGAGGAAUUGCCCAAAAAAGCGACGGUAGCAGUCGCAGCGGUAAUUAGUUCUUCAUCGAUCUCUACAACGAAUUCUUCAAUAACCUCAACUGGAAUAACUUCAACGGUACCGACAACCAGUUCGUCACAGCCAUUGAUCGCCACUAGCACUUCAUCGAGCACUACAUCCGCUUCCACGUCAACAGCGAGUACAGCGACAUUAACUUUUGGGGCCAAGCCAGUUGAGCCUGCUGCAUCGUCAGCUUCCAUCCCCAGUGCGAUAGCUUCCAGCGAUUCGACUAAAGUGUCUGAGUCAGCGCCCAAGCCAGUGUUUAGCUUUGGGAAUAUGACAACCACUAAGCCAAGUGAAACUACAACCACCACUCCUGCAAUUUCGGCUGCCUCCUCGAGUAGUGGCUUUAGUUUAUCUACACAACCGAAACCUGUUUUUGGGUCUCCACAACCAAGCCUAGGGCUCACUUUUUCCACAUCUUCGACGCCUGCAGUAGUUAGCAAGGCCACUUCAGUGGCAACAUCAACAGCUCCGACGCCUUCUGGUGGCUUCACUUUUGGACAACAAAAUUCUGCCGCUAGCAAAAUCGUUUCCGCUGCAACUUUCACGUCAACCGGUGCAACGGCGGCAAGCACAACAGCAACAAAAAUAACGAGCACUAGCUCUAACACGAGCUUAUUCUCGUUUGGGUCGUCAAAUCCGCCGCAGUCUAACGUUGCUCCAACGUUUACCGCCACCUCGUCCCCUUCCGUAUCAUUUCCUGCGUCGAAAACAUCAGAAAGUUCAUCUUUCACGGCCUCUGUACCAGCAUUUGGAAACCCCGUCUCUACGCAGAGCCAGCCUAGGCCACUUUUCUCUUUCGGCGCGACGCCAGCAAUCACAGCAACUACCUCUUCAACUUCGAUCUCGUCCUCCGUAUCAAGUUUUGGAUCGACUGUUUCUAAGCCACUUCCUGUGUUUGGAUCGAGCACCAGCACUACCUCCUCUACGUCGCCUGCGGUCCCUGCUUUCGGUAGCCAGCAGCAGGCUAACCCGCCAUCUUUCGGAAGCCUCGGAUCCAGUGCCUUCAGCCCCGCUGCAUCUGGCGGGAAACCUCCUCCAAAGUUUGGCGAAUCUGGAAAUACAUUUGGCAGUUCAGGAGCGCUGUCAUCUUCUAACUCAGGUGGAUUUACUUUUGGCGGUUCUCAACCACCGGCACCAACCGCAACAACAGGACUAUUCGGAGCAGCGGCAGGAAAUCCGGUGGCCACCACCGCUAGUAAUUCGACAUUCAGUUUCGGAUCAUCUUCGACUAAUAAGCCUUCAAUCAACUUCAAUUCAAAUUCAGCCAGCAAUGUUGCACCAGCUUUCGGAUCAGUACCAACGACAACAACAGCGGCGCCAGCAAGUCAAACAUCUUUUGCCUUCGGUAGCACAGUCGCAAAUGCCACCCAACCUGCAACGACCCAGUCAACUCCAUUCGCCUUCGGAGGAGCAGCAGGACAUCAGCCUCAGGCUCCAUCCGCAAGCUUUAGUUUUGGUGGCAGUGCCCCAGCACCCAAUUCGUCGCCUUUCGCAUUUGGAAGUGCAGCGCCGACUGCCCAGGCGCAGCCUCAAGUUACUAAGUCAUUCUCUUUCGGAGGAGGAGCAGCGCCAAGUGCAUUCACGACAGUCAACAAGCCAGCAACAGGAGGGUUCUCAUUCAACGCCUCCUCGGCAACAGCACCCGCAACUAAAAGCCUUUUCGGAUCAACAGCCAAUGAGCCGGUAAAACCGUUUGCCUUUUCAGCAACAGCCACAAAGUCGGAUCCACAACCUCCUCCACCGGCUUUUGGCUCGCCAGCUUCUCAAAAUACGGCCGCUCCAGCUUUCGGCGCUCCGGCUAUGACGCCAGGCAAACUGUUCACAUUCGGUGGAGCCCCAGCUAAUAACAAUGUGGCUGCAGGUGCCGCGCCCGGUACAAAUCUCUUUGGCAACUCUGCAACGAACAACUCAUCGAGUUCACUAUUCCCAUCCGCCCCGAACCCUAAUCCUCCACCCUUCGGUGCAGCUUCAGCCGCUACCGCGAAACCUCCUGGCUCUCUUUUCACUUUCGGAGGUGGUGUCAAUUCAAACAAUACGAAUCCAACUGCAAACAACACACCUUUCGCUUUCGGUUCUAGCGCACCCCAAACGGAAAGCAAUAAGCCUUUCGCAUUUGGUGCAGCUUCCCAGCCUGUACAACAAACCGGGAGCAUUUUCGGAAGUUCAACAGUCAACAAGGCGGCAGCUUUCAAUUUUUCUGCAACCGCAGGGGGAACUUCUGCUCCGGACGCGAUGAACAAUAACAACCCAUUGGGGGUAGUUGCAAAUCCAUUCGACCCCACCAGCUCGGGUACGGACGCAAGCAGCCUUCCACGGAGAGAGAUUCGGACAGCGACUAGACGGCUCAAGCAGAAAUAGAAAAGAGCCGAAAUCAGGCAGGAGCAUAGAGGCAGGCGGCACCUGUGAGUAAGUUGUUAAAAGUUGUUUAUAUCUCAUUUGAGUGCGGACGAGGAGACAUGUUACUAAGUGAAAUACAAAUGGAUAUUUUUAAGUUAUUUAUGAGAAAGUGGACAAGAAUUAAAUGAAUUGCGUGACAUUAGGGACAAAUCUAAGUAAGUAAAAUGCACACAAUGCUGUACUCGAGAAACAGCAGCAAAACUGAAAUCGGAAUGUAAUUGUACAAGGUUUACUCUUAUCUAAUUUGUGGUAUGUUAAAAUACAAAGAAUGUGGAGAUGUUUAGAAA